UGUGUGCGGUUUUCAAUCAAUUGUUCUGGAUUAUAUAACCAUGAGUGGUUCAUGUGACCAUAUCUAUAUUUUGCAGAAUUCAACAUGCUACUGCGUUGUCGAUAAACCUGAAAUUAAUGAUGAUAACAGUGAUUGCAGAAAAGAAUGUGCAAACGCCAUCUACACCCCUUGUAGUUCCGGUCAGUCAUCUCUUGUGUUUACAUUUGUAAAAGAUUUCUACAUAGAGAAAUCAAAUACGUUUAUAGAGAAAGAGUGUCUCAUGACAACCAACAAGAACAAAACCAGGUUAACUAUCAGUCACUGCAAUGCAAAACAUUUAUAUGGAUGUGCCAAUACGUCAACUAAGACAAUACCCAAAUCAUGGUAUGCUUAUCAAGAAAUAUGUCUGAAAAGGAGAUACCCUGUACUGUUUAACAGAGAUUUCAAAGGAGGCGCUAAUGUAGAUCAAAGUGUCUGGACUCCAAUUUUUAGGUCACAUACAGUGGUAACUGCAGGAAAACUUUCAAGGACAGAUUUUUGUCUAGCUUUGUCAACAGCGGUUAUAAGUCAUUUUACUGUUAAACAGUGCUCAUCUGAAUUUCCAUUCAUAUGCUCUCGAUCAAAAAGGAGAAACAAAUGCGAUAUAAGUAUAACGAAGACAAAUCAUCCCCGUAGUGGUAAUUUUCCUUAUUCUGCUGUUAUAGCAGUCAUACUGUUGGUUAUUUUCCUGAUAUUUCUGAAUGUUAUUAUCAGUAUAAAAUCAUGCAGACGAAUUCGCAUGUAUCAAGGAAAGCUUAAGAGAGUAAACGAAAUGUUACCUGGUACAGAAUUUUCAAAUUAUACCGGAAUAGAAGUUUCUAACGAAGAGGUAAAUGAUUCUGAAUAUAAUGAACUAUCUGACAACGUGUCACAACCAAGAGCAAGUCAUCAUGCCAAGAAAAUAAACAAACAAGAAGACACUUUAGAUGACCAAGGUUAUCUGAUACUAGAACAGCAUUAUCACACAAUUCCAGAAGUAGAAGUACAUUAUGCUGCAGCAGACGAAGAAGAAAGAAAUUCCGACAGAAAAAGUCUCCAUAAUGAUGACUAUUUAGAACCUGUUAUAUGA